UGCCUGCCCGAGUUUGAGAACGCGGCGUUCGGGCGGCGCGCGGUAGCGUCGCACACCUGCGGGACGCCAGCGGCCGAGGACUUCUGCCCGCACGUGCGCGCGCCGGGCGCGGGGAGCCAGUGCCAGCGCUGCGACGCCGCCGACCCCGCGCUCCACCACAAUGCCUCCUACCUCACCGACUUCCACAGCCCCGACGACAGCACCUGGUGGCAGAGCCCAUCCAUGGCCUUUGGGGUGCAGUACCCCACCUCCGUCAACAUCACCCUGCGCUUGGGCAAAGCUUACGAGAUCAGCUAUGUGAGGCUGAAGUUCCACACCAGCCGCCCUGAGAGCUUCGCCAUCUACAAGCGCAGCCGUGCGGGAGGCCCCUGGGAGCCCUACCAGUACUACAGCGCCUCCUGCCAGAAGACGUACGGCCGGCCCGAGGGCCACUACCUGCGCCCCGGGGAUGAUGAGCGGGUGGCCUUCUGCACGUCCGAGUUCAGUGACAUCUCCCCGCUGAGCGGGGGCAACGUGGCCUUCUCCACCCUGGAGGGCCGGCCCAGUGCCUACAACUUCGAGGAGAGCCCGGGGCUGCAGGCCUGGGUCACCAGCACUGAGCUCCUCAUCUCCCUGGACCGGCUCAAUACAUUCGGGGAUGAUAUCUUCAAGGACCCCAGGGUGCUGCGUUCCUACUACUACGCUGUGUCCGACUUCUCUGUGGGCGGCAGAUGCAAGUGUAACGGGCAUGCAAGUGAAUGCGGCCCCGAUGGAGCGGGCCAGCUGGUCUGCCGGUGCCAACACAACACCGCAGGCCCUGACUGUGAGCGCUGCCUGCCCUCCUUCCAGGACCGCCCAUGGGCCCGCGGCACGGCCCAGGCCGCCAACGAGUGUCUGCCCUGCAACUGCAGCGGCCGCUCCGAGGACUGCACCUUCGACCACGAGCUCUUCCGCAGCACAGGCCACGGAGGCCGCUGCCACCACUGCCGUGACCACACGGCCGGCCCACACUGCGAGCGCUGUGAGGACAACUUCUACCGCUGGGACCUGCGGGCGCCAUGCCAGCCCUGCGACUGCCACCCUGCAGGCUCCCUGCGCCUCCAGUGUGACGCCUCAGGCACCUGCCCCUGCAAGCCCUCGGUGACCGGCUGGAAGUGUGACCGCUGCCUGCUUGGGUUCCACUCACUCAGCGAGGGUGGCUGCAGACCCUGCACCUGCAAUGCUGCUGGCAGCCUGGGCUCCUGUGACCCCCGCAGUGGGCGCUGCCCCUGCAAGGAGAAUGUGGAAGGCAGCCUGUGUGACAGAUGUCGCCCAGGGACGUUUAACCUGCAGCCCCACAACCCGGCCGGCUGCAGCAGCUGCUUCUGCUUUGGCCACUCCAAGGCGUGCACGGUGGCGGGCGGAUUCCAGGAGCACCACAUCGUCUCCGACUUCCGCCGGGGAGCUGGGGCCUGGCGCGCCAGAGGCAUGGAGGGCUCAGAGCACCCCGCAAGAUGGAGCCCAGGGGGGGUCCUCCUGGGCUCAGAAGAUGAGGAGCUUGCAGCCCCAGAGCUGUUCCUGGGAGACCAGCGGCUCAGCUACGGGCAGCCCCUCACGCUGACCUUCUGGGUGCCCUCCGGGGGCUCCCUGCCACCCGUGCAGCUGAGGCUGGAAGGGGCUGGCCUGGCACUGACUCUGAGGCCCUCUGGCCAGUCGGGUCCCCGGGAGGCCGGGCAGCCGGGGCCGGCGCAGCUCCACUUCCUCCUGCAGGAGAUCUCCGAGGACGCUGCGCCCCCAUUGCCCACCUUCCACUUCCAGCGGGCCCUCACCAACCUGACUGCUCUGUGCAUCCGGACCAGUGGCCAAGGAUCAGGCUCUUCCGGCCAGGCACUCCUGAGUGAGGUGCGGCUCACGACUGCUCGGGCCCAGCAGGGACUGUCCCCGCCAGCCACCUGGGUGGAGAGUUGCUCCUGUCCCCAGGGCUACACGGGCCAGUUCUGCGAAUCCUGUGCUCCGGGAUACAAGAGGGAGACCCUGCGGGGGGGUCCAUAUGCCAGCUGUGUCCCCUGCACCUGUAAUCAGCAUGGCACCUGUGACCCCAGAACAGGGACCUGCCUGUGUGACCACCACACCGAGGGCCCAUCCUGUGAGCGCUGCUUGCCAGGUUUCUAUGGCAACCCCUUCUCAGGCCAAGCCAACGACUGCAAGCCCUGUCCCUGUCCUGGCCAGUCGGCCUGCACCACCAUGCCAGGGAGUGACGGUGAGGUGGUGUGUACACACUGCCCCCCGGGCCAGAGAGGGCGGCGCUGCGAGAGCUGUGACGAUGGCUUCUUUGGGGACCCGCUGGGGCUCUCUGGAGCCCCCCUGCCCUGCCGCCGGUGCCAGUGCAGUGGGAACGUGGAUCCGAACGCCGUGGGCAACUGUGACCCCCUCUCUGGCCGCUGCCUGCGCUGCCUGCGCAACACGACCGGGGAGCACUGUGAGCGGUGUCGCGAAGGCUUCUACAGCAGCGCCCUGGCCCUGCGGCCAGCGGACAAGUGCACGCCCUGCAGCUGCAGCCCGGGGGGCUCUGUCAGUGAGCAGACGCCCUGCGACUCAGCCACCGGCCAGUGUGCCUGCCUGCCCCACGUGACUGGCAGAGACUGCAGCCUCUGCAGCCCUGGCUUCUAUGACCUCCAGCCAGGCAGAGGCUGCCGCAGCUGUGCAUGUCACCCGCUGGGCUCCCAGGGGAAUCAGUGCCACCCUGGGACCGGGCAGUGCCACUGCCGCCCCGGUGUUGCAGGCCUGGCCUGUGACAGAUGUCAGCCAGGUUUCUUUGGCUUCUCCAUCAGGGGCUGCCGAGCUUGCAGGUGCUCCCUGCUGGGCGCCGCCCAGGCCCAGUGCCACGAGAACAGCACAUGUGUGUGCCGGCCCGGCUUCGUGGGCUACAAGUGUGACCGCUGCCAGGACAACUUCUUUCCUGCAGCAGGCGGCACACACUGCCAGGAGUGCCCGCCCUGCUACAGCCUGGUGAAGGAGGAGGUAGCCAAGCUGAAGGCCAGGCUGACCUUGAUGGAGGGGUGGCUGCAGGGGUCUGACUGUGGCAGUCCCUGGGGUCCACUAGACAUUCUGCUGGAAGACACCCCCCGGGGGGACGGCUACCAAGGUCGCCACCUGCUGCCAGGGGCACGGGAAGCCCUCCUGGGGCAGCUGACCGGCCUUGAAGGUGCUGUGAAGUCCACCCAGGAGCAGCUGCAGGUGCUGAGAGAGGCCGCUGGCUGUGCCCAGGCUGCAGCCCAGAAGACCUGUGCCCAGCUGGCUGAGCUGGGGUCAACCCUGGAGUCUGCACAAGACGAGAUUCUUCACGCAACUAGCAUGCUCACAUCUCUGGUGGUUCUCCAGGAUGGGCCAGGACAGCCCUCCAACUGGAGCCGUCUGGCCACAGAGGCCCGUGCCCUCGCCAGGAGCCACAGGGACACUGCUGCUGAGAUCGAAGCUGCCGUGCGUCGUGCCCUGCUGGCCUCCAACACCAGCUAUGCGCUCCUGUGGCGGCUGGUGGAUGGCGGCGUGGCCCUGGAGACCCAGCACAAGCUGGAGGACAGGUACCUAGAGGUCCAGGCGGCCCAGAGGGCGCUGGGCAUGGCUGUGGCCCGGGAGCUUCCCAAAGCCAGGAGGGUGCUGGCUUCCGUGCAGGACGGCGUUGACAGUGCAGCCCCGCGCCUGGCCUUCCUGGCCACCCCUGGAGCCCCGCCUCCCCAGUCUCAGGCCAUGGACCUGGACCUCAAAGUGUGGGCCCUGGAGCAGAAGGUGGCAUCGAGAGAGCACGUGGCCAGCAAGGCUGCCGGGGCCCUCCAGGCCUCUGCCCAGGCAGCACGGCAGAAGAUGGAGCCCCUCACGCAGCUACGCCUAAAGGCGACAGCUGCCCUGGCCCAGGCUUCCUUGUCUGUCCAGGCUGCCUCAAUGACUGUGACAGGAGCCAAGGCCCUGCUGGCUGACCUUCAAGGAAUGAAGCUGCGAUUUCCUCGGCCCAAGGACCAGGCCACGCUGUGGAGGACAGCAAGCAUGGUCAGGGACCGGCUCCUGGCAGACACCAGAAGGAGGACCCAGCAAGCAGAGAGAAUGCUGGGAAAUGCGGCAUCGCUCUCCUCCAGCGCCAGGAAGAAGAGCAGAGAAGCAGAGCUGUUGGCCAAGGACAGCGCCAAGCUCGCCAAGGCCUCGCUGCAGCACGGGAAGCAGGGGCACCGGCGUGCCAGCCAGCUAGCCAGCCAGGCACGGACCACGCUCCAGCAGGCUUCGCAGCUGACGCUGACCUCAGGGACACGCAGGCAGGAGCUGGAAGAAGCUAAGCAGGUGGGUGCUGGGCUGAGCUCAGUGGAGCAGCAGAUCCGAGCGUCGCGCAUCUCCCUGGAGAAGGACAUCCAGGCCUUAUCAGAGCUGCUUGCCAAGCUGGGGUCCCUGGACACCCACGGUGCACCCGCCCAUGCCCUGCGCGAGACCCAGCGGGCCCUGGAAGGUUUGCAGCUGCAGCUGGGCUCACAGGGGGCCCUGCAGGGGAAACUGAGGCUGCUGGAGCAGGAGUCUGAGCAGCAGAAGCUGCAGAUCCAGGGCUUUGACAGUGACCUCGCCGAGAUCCGUGCCGACAAGCAGAACCUGGAGGCCAUUCUGCGCAGCCUGCCCGAGCGCUGUGCGGGCUGGCAGUGAGGGCACAGAGCCUGGCACUCUCUCCCCCAUCGCUACUUCCCAGCCGGGGACACAGCGCACGGCAGGCAGCCUGUGUGCACCGUCCUCUGGGGCACACACUCAGCACACCCAGCAGCACGCGUGCUCUGGCAUCAGUAACUCACACCUGUGCCUGUGUCUAUACAUCAGAUGUGCGUGUGUUCAGGUGCAUUUGCAUACGUACACAUACCACAGUCCAUCCCCAGCUGGUGCUGGGACCCUUCGCACACCGGAUGGGGCAUGUUAUGUUAAGUUCCCUGUAGGCCCACCUGUCUGCCCGCUGCAGAGAGCAGGAGUGGCAUCGAGGAAUAGGGGGUGUACGUGUGCAGAUACUUGGGGUGGGUGAAGCCAGGGCUGGAGCUCCUAGUGCCAGGGCUGCCCCCCAGGCUCACUGGAGCUCCUUGUACCCACCACACACAUGGGGCACACACACCCCGCAACCCAGGGACCAGGCCAGGUCCUGGGCACCUUCUUAGCCACUGCAUUUGAGACUCAGGACCCCCUGGAGCUGUGGCGUGGCCUGCCUAGCUGGCGGGGGUGGGGGGGUGGGGGGCAUUCUCUUUUCUGGACUCUGCUCUCCCAGGAGGUGGGUCUGACCCCACAUCCUCUGCAGCUGGUGAUUGGCUCAGAGCCAGACUGUCCAGGGCCUGAGGGGACCUGGGUCACAGAGCCUCAGGCUAGCCACAGAAACACCCCAUGUUGCCCUUAGUCACCCUCAACCUUCGAUGGACACUUCCUUGUCUAGCCCUGUGACCCCACCUGCUCCAAGGAGGCCAUAGGGUGUGGGAACCUGGCCACCAUUCCAGUUUGUCCUGCCUGGGGAAUCCCCCUGUGGCCUAGUCUCUGGUGCCUCUGCCCAGGAUUCCCUGGCAUUUCCUCUGCCCGUUUCCUGGGCCUUCUCCCAGCAGACAGUGGGGCCUUGGCAUCCGGGUGACAGGUGCCUCUGCAGGCCCACUCUUUCCCGGCUCCCCUGUCGCUGUUGGGGUGAGCAGGUAGCAACAUGGACAAGUUCUACUUAUGAGGAAAUAAAAGACUCUUUACUGAA